UAUAAAGCCCCGUUCGAAACAAGGAUACAAACAACGAUCGUCAUCAUCAUCAUCAUUAGCCAGCCUCCAUCACACAUCCAUUCCUCUACUUUAACACCCUUUUCCCUCCCUUCCCAAGAAGGAGAGAGAGAGAAGAACAACGAAAGAGCCCAAGAAAAAGAGAGGAAGAGAAAGAAAGACACCAAGAGGAAGAGAGAGAAAGACAAAGAAAACAUCAAGAAGAAAGACAAAAAAGACAAGGGGAGAGAAAAAGGCAAAAAAAAAAGAAACCAAGAACCGAGAAAGGCAAAGAAAGAGAAAGACGCAGGGAUGUCCGACGACCCAGAGACCAUGGACACCACAACCAUCACCAUCCGCCUCAUCCGCUCCUUCGAACACCGGAACAUCAGAAACUUGGUCCUGCACAACAUCUCCUUGGACCAAACAGUCGAUGCCUUAACACAAACCAUCUGGGAGCGCCUCAAGACUGAACCAUCCCUUCCCCCCCCCUUCCGCACCUUCCCCUUCGACACCCUGAAGAUAGAGACCCACGCGUACGGUUUCAAGACCAACGACCCAGUGAUCAACCGCAUGGAUGACGAGAGGCUGAUAAUAAAGGGGGGACGGUCACUGAGGGAGUGUGGGGUGCGGCAUGAGACCGAGAUCAGCUUCUUCAAAAUGGGCGAUUACCAGAAAUAUAAAGAGAACCCAGUGAUGGUCUGGUAGUGGUGGUUGUAGUAGCAGUAGUAGUAGUAGUAGUAAUCACAGUAUUAGUAGUAAAGUAAAGAGGAUAAGAUAGAUUUGGAAGAACUUAACGUGAAAUAAAACUGUAAAAUGUGGAAACUAAUACAAGAAAAAAGUAAAGAAAAAAAGUAAGACAGAUUUGAUCCAUUAUGACUAGAAUUACUAAAAAACUGGAGACAUAAAAAGAUAGAUAGAUAAGAGAGAUAGAUAUAUAGUAGUAGUAGUAGUAGUAGUAGUUAGGAAGGCAUUUGUUACAAGCUUUCCAGAUAAUUGAUUCUCAUUUAAUUGUUGCUGUGUGAUAAUAGAAAUAAGCUGAAGUUGAGAUGAAGAGAAACACAUAUAUAUUAAUUACCUAUGUUGCCACAGUUCUAUCUAUAAUUAAAGCUCCUAUAAUCAGUCUUCAUAUCCUUGAGGUGAGUCUUGCAUGUGAUUCAAGCUGUUGACUUUUAUAUUAAUGUAUCAAGGUCAUAGUUCUAAUCAAAUCUAAGUGUUGUCAGUCUUGAUAAUCUUAAAAGUGAGGUUUCUCGACAAUAAAGUCUGCCGAGGUCAA